GAGUUGGAUGGCAAUCAGGGUGUCGUUAUUUCCGGUCUGUGAUGCCGGGCGGCCUGGUGGCCUGAGGCCGGGCGAUGGUGGGCUAUGACCCGUCGGCCCAGGGCCGGGGGCCGCGCCUCUCACCCAGGGAGGCGGCGGUAGCCGGCUCAGCGGCCGGGCUCCUCACCCGGGUCCUCAUCAACCCGCUGGACGUCCUCAAGAUCCGCUUCCAGCUCCAGAUUGAGCGCUUGUCAUUGCUGGAGCCAAGGGCCAAGUAUCAUGGCAUUGUGCAGGCUGUCGGCACGAUAUUCAGAGAGGAGGGCCUGCAGGCGUUCUGGAAGGGCCAUGUUCCAGCCCAGCUCCUGUCCGUCUCUUACGGAGCUGUCCAGUUUGCAAGUUUUGAGUUUCUAACAAAAUUUGUCCACAAUGCCUUGCUGUGUGACUCGAGGAAUCCCACAGUGCACUUUGUUUGCGGAGGCCUGGCGGCGUGCUCCGCCACGGUGACUGUGCAGCCCAUCGACACACUCCGUACCCGAUUCGUGGCACAGGGAGAACCCAAGGUUUACAGGAAUCUUUGGCACGCAGUGGGCACAAUGUACAGAAGAGAAGGACCCUUGUCAUUUUAUCGGGGCCUCACUCCCACCAUGAUGGCUGUUUUCCCUUAUGCUGGGUUCCAGUUUGCCUUCUACAACAUCUUUCACCGUAUCUCCAAAUGGGCCAACAUCAGCUCAGGUAAUGUACAGAAUCUGGUGUGUGGGGGCUGUGCAGGGAUCAUCAGUAAAACUCUCACUUAUCCCCUGGACCUUCUUAAGAAGAGACUGCAGGUGAAUGGCUUUCAGGAGGCACGAGCCUCCUUUGGACAGGUACAGACCUACAACGGGUUCCUGGACUGUGUGUUUCAGGUGGCUCAGGGUGAGGGGCUGAGAGGAUUCUACAAGGGCUUGUCACCCAGCAUGGUGAAAGCUGCCUUUUCCACUGGACUUGUAUUUUUCUGGUACGAACUCUUCUGCGAUAUAUUGGGUGACUCCAAGCAGACAGACUCAGGACACCAGCAGCAACAGUAGCAGUCUCAAUCACAAGCAAUGACUUUCAACCAACUCCUCUUAAUUAUUCUUUGUUUCUCUGGCCAUACCCGCUACUGAUUACUGCUUUGUGUGCAGACGGAUGAAUACACAGCUCUUGGGAUUCCUCAGGAAACAUUUGGCUAUUUAAUACACACCAGUCCACAAGACUGGUUAAGUGCUACUUUCGCAGUUUAUCGUGUUGCGUCCACAAGAUAUUCCGAAACAGAGAUCAGGUCCCCACCUCACAAUAAGGGAACGGGCUGCCGGAUGUUAUAACAGAAUCGUUAGUCCAGAAAGAUCUUACUCUGGAACACGGCGGGUAUAUGACGCGUCAAACGGUCAGCUGUUAUGACCGGAGUUGUUCAACCACCAAGUGAACGUGAGCAUUUGAACGUCACACCAUAGAACCCCCCACGCAACACCCUCUCUACCCUAACCCUAGGGCACGGGGGAGUGCGGGGUGCAUUAGACAUAUGGCCUUUAUUGUUCAAAUAUAAGUUCACAAAUAACAAUUAUCAUAUCACUAACAAUAGUCAUAAUAAUAGCACUUCAUUUAUCCAUAAAUAUCUGCAGUAAACUAAUUGUUAAUUUAAUAGUUAAACUGCAAAUAUUAGAGGCAAAGGUCUUAUACUUCUUAAUAUCCAAAAAUUUCAUCAACAAGUUGUUAUCUUUGGCCCACAGACCGCGAGCUCCAAUUACAAAUCCAAAACACUCGACGAUCUGCGCCUGAGUCAACUCCUUAACUUGUUGAACGAGGUGUUUGUAUUUGCUACGUUUCUCAGACCACGCCUUCAGGAUUGAGUUGUUGUUAUCCUCAAAUCGGAUGGUGACAUCAACCACUGCCGCCCUGUUUCCUUUUACCAGGAUUAAAUCAGGUUUCCACAGCGCUCCGUCUCCAUCCCUCAAAUGAGGCUCAACAUAAGGGUCCCAUUGGUAUUGUACAGCUAUGUUCUUUAGUUUCUCCACGAUUUUAUUAUGCCGUCUAAUACGCGCCUCUUUAACAUUUAAACAGUGUCCAGAGAUGUGUGCUAUGGUUUCAUUAGCAAAACCACACCUUUGGCAGAUCUUCACUGCAUCAGGAAUUCCAUGGUUUCAUGUGUAUCUUGUUGAAUAUUGCCCACAUCUUAAGAGGAUGGCAUUCACGACUUGGUGCCCUUUCCAAGUCCUGUAAUUCCGUAGCCAUGCAUUAGAGUUAGUAUCAUUUGGAAAUUCUUUGAUACCAACACCUUGGUAAUUCUUCGUAGUCCAUUUACUAAAUUCUACCGACCGCCAAUCGAUAUUAAAUUUUGGCGGUCUGGCAUCAUUCUCUGCACUUAGUUCUAAAUCAGCAGCCAAUUGCACAUUAGAGCUCUCGGUAUGUCUGUCCACAACAUUAGAUAACACAAAUACAUCUUGGGCUGAGAUUAUAUCACUUAUUACUGACAGACUCUUCAACUUCUCGAUGGCGGCCACGUUAUUCUCGCCAGCCCAUUCGAAAGAAUGUUCAGUCAACAUAUCCUUUGAUUCCUCGAGAGCCUGUCUCUUUCUUAUAACUGCAAUCGGAAUCUGGACUUCCAGUCUUGGUAUACAAAGACCGCCAUCCUUUAACUUGGAAUAUAAAAUUCCAUCAGUCGUAUCAGGAGGCAGAUGUAAUAUUUCUUUAACUAUCUUUCUGAUAGAUCUAUCCAGCUCCCUUAAUAUGUUCUAGGAUGCCUCAAUUAAUAUGAGAUAAUAAUACAUCCGAGGUAUCAUAUAUGUUCGUAACAAUGUCACUUCCUGCAUAGGCUUCAAUUUUGCUCUUUGCAGAUUCUCGAACCACAUAUCCAGUUUGGAAGUUAGAUUUUCUUUAGAAAUUCCACACCAUGGGUCGAUCUUCGCACCGAGGUAUUUCUCGAUGUCCCCAGGUGUUACGUAUGCUAAUUUUUCCUGUCCAAACUUCCAUUGUUGUCUGAAGUUAUAUACGAAUGUCUUUCUUGUACUGAUGCAGUGAAAACCUUUGGUUUUCUUGGUGUUUAUUUCCAAUCCAGUACCAAUGCAGAAGUUUCUCAAGAUUUUGAUAUUAUUUAUCAUGCCCUUGUACAAGUCGCUCAGAAUUGCAACAUCAUCAGCAAAAGCCAAAGCUGUACAACGAGAUCCACCACUGGGAGUGACAAUCUCCACUCCCUGCCCACUGUGUUCUAAAGUACUGAUGAGCGGAUCCAUAGCAAUAUUAAAUAGGAUCGGAGAGAGGGGAUCACCUUGUUUCACCCCUCUCUUAAUUACAAUUCUUCUGGUCUUAUUAGUACCAACCUCAACAACCGUUGAGGCAUUAUUAUAAAGGUCCAUUACCAAAUUGAUGAAUAUUUUUGGUGCACCAACUCUCUGUAACGACCUCAUUAUCAAUUUAUGGCCAACAGAAUCAAAGGCCUUAGCGAAGUCUAUGAACAACACAGAGUUCCUUGUUGUUACUUUUGGAGCCUUUAAUGAUGUUCCUCAAUAUCGUAAUAUUUUCAUUACAGCCGGAAGUAUUCAACAAAAUCCCUUCUGCCGAUGACUAAUACGGACUGAUUCACUCAGCUGUUUUGCCAGGAUCUUCGUGAACAACCGGAGAAUCAUUGGACCGAUGGUGAUAGGUCUCCAAUUGUCCAGGCUUUUUAGUUGUUCCUUGUCAUCGGUCUUAGGGAUAAGUACUGUCUAGCUUUUCUUGAGACAGUCCGGCACAGUACCGGAUUGCAACCACAGUGUAAAUAAUCUGGGCAAUAAAUCACCAUCGCUGUUCAACAAAUCUUUUAAAUCCUUCUUCUUUCAUAUUAUCUGGGCCAGGAGCACUAUCUUCCUUGAUACCGCAAAGUGCCUCGCUGACCUCGGUUUCCUCGAUCUUCCUGAGGAGAUGUUCAGUAUCGAAGUCAGCGGUGUGAUCUUUCAUAUUCCUGAGGUCAGCUUUAUUAUUGGCCAACCCCAGUUUCUCCACAAAGCGCUCAUAUACAUCGUCACUUUUUAAGGGGCACUCACUUUGUGCAGGUGCACCCAUCAACUGGCAUGCGAGACACUUACGAUCUUUCCCAAAGAGAAUCUGUAUGGCCCUGUAUUCAGCUUUUCGCGCGGCUGUUCUCUGCUUGUUUCCAGUAUUAUUUUCAGGAUUCCUCCUUUUAUCAGCAACCUCAGUACGCACGACCCGCUUCUUCCUCUGGAAGCGGCCAACUAAGUCACUCGUAAUAUUUUCCAACAGACUAACCCCUGAAGCGAAGUCAACCUUAUUCUUUUUAUCUCAAUAAAGAUGUUCUACCUGAUCCAGGUCAGCAGCAAUAUUGUGAGACCGUUGCCCACUAUAUUUACCAUUGGUCUUAUUCGCAAUUUUCAAAGGGGAGUCCAUUUUCUGAUAUUUAUCCAAAUCCAUAUUCUUUGCAUCAACUGGCAAUGGAUUUUCCACAUUACUUAUUCCACGAGUGUCGGUUGGAUCUCUGGAUAUAAUUCUGCGUUUAUCCGAUAUUUGUUUAUUAGUCUUAGUGGUUAAGACUUUAGCAAUUUCAACAUUAAUAUAUCUCGCCCCUUUAAAACGUUCUUCCAACUCCAAGAGGAGCUUCGUCUCCUCCUCUGUCCAUAUUUCCUUCCCUCCAGGCUUCUUUUUCACCAGGACUUCUUCAAUUCUUUUCUCAUUCCUCACGGCCAGAUGCCGAUGGCGUUCAUGUUGCACAAGGCUGCGUUUCGUUCGGAAUGCCUCCUGAUAUACUUCACAUCUUUUCCACCAUGUCCUGGCUACUUAAGCCUUUGCACCUCACAACAUGGCAGGCAGUAGAGUGGAGUUCACCCUCAAUACCGCAGUGUCUGCAGGUUGCCUUAACAGACUGCACGAGAUGUUCCCUUUUCAAAUGUUUCCUAAGUGCUCACAUUGUAUCAUUGUUUCCUGAGGAUCUCAUCCCACUCCACAGAAGCAGUCUGGGGUCGAGCAGAGCUGUGUGCUGCUGCGUGGAAAGUUGUGUGCCUGCGGAGCACUCCUGUACUUAGCUGUUGCUUUAACUGGUGAGCUUAAAGUGCCAUUGCUUAAGUUAUUAGUAUUUAUUUUUCUAAUGAGAUGCAUUUAUUUAGCAAUCUGUCAGUUUGGCUGCAUUUUUUUAUGUAAACGUACUUCAUGCAAAUAUUUUAUUAUGCACUUGGGAAUGUCACACUGAGACUGCUGACUCCUGUCAGUAUUUGAAUGGUGUGCAAUUUCCUUCUGGGUCAAUGCUGUUUGGGUCAUUGUUGAGAAUUUUCACUUGAGUAGGGCUGUGGGGAAUAGCCAGAGGUCUGGAGAGCUUUAACAUUGCACUGAGUGACCAUAUGUUUGUCAUUGUGUAGGAAGUGCCCAAAGUGCUACCUGUGAAUCACCAGCUGUGGUAAUGUAACCCAGAUGUGAUUUCCAGAUCUACACAUUGGGCUUGGACCAAGCUCAAUUGCCUCCCGCUCUCCUAAUUGCAUACCAGUGGUGACACGGGUUGGGGGGGGGGGGGGUGCUGCCUGCAAAAAUCAGCAGCUUCAGUGCACAGGAGCAGAAGGGAUGCUUGAGGUGAAUGCCAAAUCUGUGCAGUUUCUGGUGCGACUUCCUUUGAAUUGUGUAUGGUUUAUACCUCAGUAUUUAUACUCCAUAUUUAUGUAUAUUUUAAUAAAAAAGUGAAGUC